GAGAAGUUUGCGAGCACUAAAUCCCUUCCUCAGAUAGUAGAGCCGUUUGUUUUGACCAAUUUAGGUCGAGUUGUUCUAUAGAUUUAUGUAUCUAAUGUUGCUUUCUUAUAUUAAAUAAAGAGAGAAACUUAUAAAAUUUGUUUGCAAUCUGUAUAUAAGUGUUUCAAUUAGUCUCCAACUCUUAAGAGUCAAUUAUUCACAAAACCCAGUAACCCACAAAAUCUCCCAGAUCCAAAACCAUCAAAAAUGGCCAAUAAACAAUCACAAGAAGGAGAAAAUAUUUCAUCUGCACAAGCAGUCUUUCUCGGGGCUUUAGCGCCUGGUGUAAACGCUCCCACAUGGACAACUCUGAGACUAGCGUUUGUGAUGCUGGGUGUAUGCCUUGCUGUGAUGCUGGGCUUGGCUUUCUCCUCUAGUGACUCUUGGUUGGUUCUUCAUGUUGCAUUCUUGGUCCUCAUCACUAUGACUCUCUUCUUGCUUCUUAGCUGGUUUCUUUCGCAAACUGGUUUGGUUUCUGUGGAACAUCAAAUCCGUGAGAUAGGCUUAGCGCCAACUGAUCAAGAUACAAGCAGAAAAAACAGCAUGAAGAUUGAGGAGAAAGCCCUUUAAAAGGUCAACUUAUUGUUCAUUUAAGACUACUACAUUGGAUACACAGGCAUGUAAAGACAAGGUUGUUAAAACACCAAGCAGAUGGCAGUCCGCAGUAGUUCUCCCAACUUUUUUUUCAUGAGAACUAUUGGCGAGAGAAUAACAUCGUUCAGCCACUCUUGGCUUCUUUCCCCUUGUGUUUGCUCUUUUUGGGUUUGAUGAAGCAGAAGCACGAGCAGCACGGGAACUGAAACAAGAACUUCAUCUCCUUGAUUAUUCUGCUGGUCAUAUUGUGUGAUCAUGAUAUAGUGCUCCACUGUUGGCUACUUGGCUUCCUAUAUUCCCCUCUCUCUCUAAAGAUGCUUUUCCUCGUCCUUUAUUUUUCUUUUUCCUUUUUUAAGAUAAAAAGAUGCCUAGCUUAGCUUCUACAUCGCUAUCAUCACUGUCACUGGGUUGCUUCUAUUAAUCUGUUACAUUACUUCUUGCAAUUUCUUUUGAAACAUCUGGAUUCUUUUGAAUA